AUGGCGGAGCCGGGGCCGGAUUGCAGCUCUCUGCUCGACGAGGAUCUUUCUUCCUUCGUCUUCAGUUACCUCGCUGACAGCCAGUACGAGGUGUCUGGCGAGGAGCACCUCUACUCCGACUUCCCCGAGAUUGAUUUGUCUCAGCUGGAUGCCAGCGACUUUGACUCAGCCGGCUGCUUCAGCGAGCUGCAGUGGUGCGGGGAGCACUCGGAGACCGACUCCAGCCAGUACAGCACUGAUGACUCCGAGCUCUUCCAGAUAAUAGACAGCGAGAACGAAGCGCUGCUGGCAGCCCUCACCGAGACAUUGGAUGAUAUACAGGGAGAUGACAUGGGCCUGGCUGUCUUCCGAACUAUGGAAGAGGGGGACACGCUCAACCAUGCCUACACCUCGCCUGCCCCCUCCCCCAAACCCACCGCCCCGGUCACGGGGGGGCCGCCCCCGGCCCCCGAGUUUGAUGAGCUGUCUCUACUGAAGAAGUUGCUCCUCUCUCCAUCGCACGUGCCUCCGAGCUGCGAGGCUCAGCGGGACGGGAGCACCCGGCGCCCGGGGACCCCUAAGUCCCGACCUGCACGGCCCUGCACAAAGGUGGAGGGUCCCCGGGACAGGAGGGCAAGCGUCCCGCAGGCGCAGAGCCGCAGCUGCACCGAGCUGCACCGGCACCUCACCUCCACCGCCCCCUGCCCCCAGACCAAAGCCCCCCGGGCGCCUGAGGAGUGCCCCAGCGGCCGCCACCACCCAUCCCCGGGUGACUGCGCCCAUCACGAGGACGACAGUGACUCCAGCGAGGACUCGCUGAGCUCCGGCGACUUGGUGACCCCCCCCUCCUUGGCAGAGGAUGGCUCCGGCAGCCAGUUCUCCUGCGAGGGGGAGAUGCACUCGGUGGUGGAGCUCAUCCGCUACAUGCACACCUACUGCCUGCCGCCGCGGAAGCUGCCCGCCCGCAGUGCCGCUGACACCAAGCCCCAGCCCUGCAGCAGCCCCUUCAAGAAAGCCAAACCAGACUGCCCCACACAGCCGGGCCCCCCUGGCAGCACCCAGAGCCGGCCGGUCUGCGCCUGGCAGGCGGCCGGGGGCUGCAAGAAGCCUGGAGCAUCCUUCUCCAUCCUGAAGGAGCUGCUGGCGCAGGACCUGCUGUGCGAUGUGAGCAAGCCAUACCGCCUGGGCAAGCCCGUGUACGCUGCCCUGGCCCAGCCGCCCGGCUCCUGCUCCCCUGUGCCACCAGCCCAGGAUGGGGAGGAUGCCGGCGGGACCUGCACAUCCAGAGCCAAAAUGGCAGCGGAGAAGGGCGAGCCAUGGCAGAGCCCCGGGGCUGAGGCAGAGGCACCACGGGAGCCGGGUGGCCUCGAGGACGAUGCUGGGAAGCGUGCAGGCCCCCUGGGCACAGCCACGGGGAAGGUGGCCCGCAAGCAGGAAAGCACCGUUUACGCCGUCCGCCGGUCCAAGAGACUCAACCCCGAGGUCAGGCACUGGCUCUCCUUCCUUGACGAGCCGCCCCCCGAGCCCUCUGUCCCCCAGGAGGCAGGGGAUGGCCGUGGCCCCCAGGACGCCCUGGCCUGCAGAGAGCCCGCACUGUGCCUAGCGCUGGAGGGCUUCUCCGCCGAAGAGCCCGCGGCCGAAGUGGAGGUGGGCGGCACAGCACCACCGGCGGAGCCCCAGCCCCUUUCCCUGGGCUCCCCAGGGGACAGCGAGGUGGGCAACGGGGCUGAGAGCCGGCGCUGUGCCCUCCUGGAGCAAGCAGAAACACCCAGGUGUCUCACGCUGUCCUUGGCACAAACUGACCCAACCUUUGGGAAAAGAAACUUUGAGCCGAUGCUGACUGUGGAGCUGUGUGGGACAGCAGGUCUCACGCCGCCCACCACUCCGCCGUAUAAGCCUGCCGAGGAGGACCUGUACAAGCCAGACAUCCCCCAGGAGCCAGGGAAGGAGGAUGGGACGGCCCCCAGCCCCGGGGACGCAGGGGACACGGCAGCCUUCCGGAAAGCCCCCAGGAAGCACCCCGAGAGGACAGAGCUCUUCGCCCACCUAAGCCGAGCCGCCGGGCGCCCCACGCUCCCCGAGCAGCAGGGCAUGCUCAAGCGGCCCUUCUCCCGCUCCUUUGGGGACCACGACUACUGCCAGGUGCUGAAGCCCGAGGCUGCCCUGCAGAGGAAGGUGCUCAAGUCGUGGGAGCCCCCGGGCCAGGUGGAGACGGAGCACAAGAGGAGGGUCCCAGCCGCCCACUACCAGGGGCUGGACCUUGGCGGCAAGGAGGCGGGCGGCGAGAUGCUGUGGAAGGAUGGCGUCAAGCAGCUGAGAGACCAGGAGAUCAGAGCAAGCUUAACAAAGCACUUUGGCUUUCUGGACAGUGCUCUUGAUGACGAGGACAUGGUCUUCUGCAAGACGCCCGAGUACGACACCGUCUUUGAAGACAGCUGCAGCGAGAGUGGCUCCCCUGUGGAGGAGGAGGAGGAGGAAGAGGAGGAGGAGGAGGAGCACGGCGACACCAAGCUGUGCCUGCGAAGAAACCCCCUUUCCAGGACCAGUUUGCAUUACUGUUCCCGGAGCAGGUCCAGCUCGGGGUCUUCGUGCUGCCGGUCCCGAUCGCCUGCAAGCAGACGCACCUUCAGGUGUGAGAAUGGUGAGCAGUGUCAGGGCGGGAGCGGGCACCGGGGCCAGCUGGAGAAGAGACGGGAAAAGGCCAUCGGGGAAGGCCGGGUGGUGUAUAUCAGAAACCUCUCCAGCAGCAUGAGCUCCAGUGAACUGAAGAAACGCUUCGAAGUGUUUGGUGAAAUCGUGGAAUGUCAGGUCUUGUCCAGGACUAACAGGGGGGAUAAAUAUGGCUUCAUCACCUACCGGUAUUCAGAGCAUGCCGCCUUAUCUCUGAAGAACGGCACCUCGCUAAGGAAGAGGAACGAGCCUUCGUUCCAGCUCAGCUCUGGUGGCCUCGGGCACUUCUUCUGGACCAGAUAUGCUGACUUGGAUUGCAGCGCGGAGGAGUCCUCCCCAGCUCCAGUGAAAAGCAAGUACGAGACCAUGGAUUUCGACAGCUUGCUGCAGGAGGCCCAGCUAAGCCUGCAUCGGUAA